UAUGAUGAAUAAUGGUCAUAUUUUUCAUUUUAAUGAGGAAAGAAUGAGAUACAAACAGGGGCUAUACAAGAUAAUCAAAAGAUAAUGCGUUCUAUUUGCUUGUGAUACCUAAUUUACUUACUCAAUUAUUGCUUUGAUGUGCUUUAAAUAUGUUAAAUUAAUUAAUAGAAGUUAAGGAGGACAUUGAAAUGACAGAGAAAAUAGUAUAAUCUAUAUAAAUUGGAUUAUUGCUCUAUUUUUUCUAGUAACAGUCUACAAACAAGUUUUGACGUAAAAGCUAACUAAUAACAUUUCUUUUGGUUUCUCUUUUUCUUAUAAAGAAUGAAAGAUAAAAUCUCUAAGGCUGACGGUUCACUUUGUUUCUAGACAUUUUAGAAGUUAUCUAUUUCAUUACUGUGCAAUUAGUUUGGUUUAAUUUGGUUGUGAUAUAGCCCUGUAUUUCAAUUAAGCUUUUGAAUGGACUGAAUACUGAGGAAGUGCUUUAUAUGCAAUUUAAUUUUUCCGAAGGUUUUAUUAUUUAAAAUAUGGGUCUGUAAUAUUGCUUGAUUUCUUCACGUUUUUCUUGAUUUGGUACAAUGCCCAUAUGUUUAUAUGUUUGACUAAAAUGAUUGCUGUACCUGAAUUUUAUGAAAAGCGAGCAGGGGAAGUGAGAAUUUUUUUGAUCUUAUGUGAUCAUGGUAGUAUUUUAUGACCAUUGAUUUGGUAUCUUAGCAUCUGAUUGCUUAUGUACUUACAAUCUCAAUUUUAUGUUCAUCAACUACCAUCUCUAAUUUGCUCUACUGUAUAAUGGCGUCUUACACGAACUUCAAGAACUUUGGGCUGGACACAUCACUGCCAGAUGGCAAUGGCAGGAAGCAGGGAGGUAAUUAUCCAUUGGCUCGGCAGUCCUCUGUAUACUCCUUGACCUUUGAUGAGCUUCAAAACACCUUUGGUGGCCAUGGAAAGGAUUUUGGAUCUAUGAACAUGGAGGACCUAUUGAAGAGCAUUUGGACAGCCGAAGAGACUCAAGCCAUGGCAUCUACUACUAAUGGGGGAAAUGGUAAUGCCCCAGGUGGAAAUUUGCAGAGGCAAGGUUCUGUUACAUUACCGCACACUGUUAGUCAGAAAACUGUUGAUGAAGUGUGGAGAGAUGCAUUCAAGGAUGUUGGUGUAGAAGAUGGAAGGGUUAGUGGAGGAUCAAAUUUUGGACAAAGGCAGCCAACUUUUAGUGAGGUUACAUUAGAAGAGUUUUUGGCAAGAGCUGGGGUGGUUAGAGAAGAUAUCCAACCAACUGGAAGGCCAAAUGCUGGUGGAAUCUAUGGUGUUUUACCACAGUCGAGUGGUAACAACACUGGUGUGACCACAAGAUUUCAACAACCAUCUGCAAAUCAGGGAGUGAUGGGUAAUCAACUUGCAGAGAUGAAUAAUGUAGUUCUCAGUUCUUCAAGUUUAGGGAUGAAUAUAGGUGGUGUCAGGUCUUCUCAACAACAGCUUCAGAAUCCACAACCACAAGUGUCACCACUUUUUCCCAAGCAAACAACUUUGAAUUUUUCUUCCCCAGUACAAACGGGAAAUAAUGGUCAGCUUGCUAGCCAUGGGACAAAAGGUUUAGUUGUUGGAAUGUCAAACCCUUCUAUGAAUAAUACUGCUGUUCGAGGUGGAGCAAUGAUCAUGUCAGGGCCACGUGGUGGGGUUACAGCAGUUGCAGGAGGGUCUCCUGGAAACCAUUUGGCUUCAGACACGAUUUCCAAGUGUACUGUAGAUACAUCAUCAUUAUCAUCAUCUCCUGGUGCAUUCGGUGAAGGUGGACGAGGAAGGAAAUCAACUGGUUCAUUAGAGAAAGUAGUGGAGAGAAGACAUAGGAGAAUGAUUAAAAACAGAGAGUCUGCAGCUAGGUCACGAGCACGGAAGCAGGCGUAUACCUUAGAAUUGGAAGCAGAAAUAGCAAAGCUUAGAGAAAUGAACCAAGAAUUGCAGAAAAAACAGGCAGAGGUUGUGGAGAUGCAGAAAAAUCAGAUCUUAGAGCUGGCAAAUAUGCCACGGGUUGGUAAAAGACGGUGCUUGAGAAGGACGCUGACAGGACCUUGGUAGAAAUCGAGUACAAACUUAACCCGAAUAGGAUUGGACUGUGUAUUAUUAUUGUCUGAUUAAGUUCUCUUUCUACAUGUGGUAGGUAGCUUUAUGUAUAGUUGCGAAGAGUGUCAUGCCCCAUGUUAUGGAACCAAUGUAGAAUAAGGUUUCCUAUUUGUGUUAUGGCUGUUUGGUUCUAAUCUCAUCUAUAGGGAUCGGUAGGCUAGUAUGGUCUGCCUGUUUCUUCUGUUUGAUGUAGUUAAUCGACAGUAUGUAGUUAAUUUGUACUCAGUGGUCGACUUAUUUUAUACUUUUUGUCUUUUGCUUCCA